AUGGGUGGCACACACGCAGAUCCCAAGCGUGGAAUAUACAUCGGUGGGUUUGGAGGUUUCGGCUGCCCGACCCCCCAGAAGAUAGCGACCUACUCCCUGUCCCCUAACCGACAACGCCCUCUAGCGGGCGCUCUCUACAACGCCAUAUUCAACACGUGGAGAAGAACUCGCAACCAGGCUCUUUACGUUGUUCCCCCCUUUGUUGCAGCAUAUGCGAUAUUGAAUUGGGCUGUCGAGAGGAACGAAUACUUGAACUCCAAGCCUGGACGAUUAGCUGAGGGCUCUUCGGAGGAGUAA